UAUCCCUCUGUACAUCACACUAAGAGUUAAAUUACAGGGGAACAAUCCUGUCAGUGUUUUCUCCUUCGAGCCCGGGGCACGUACGAAGCUUUAGUUCCUCACACACAGCAAACUUUUCACAGCAGUGCAUUGUGGGAGUGGUAUUUGUAAUGUCCCAGGUCCAAUCACAGAAUCGCUUCCCCACAGUGGCAGAGUUCGGCAGCAGGGCAUUCUGGGAUUAAUAGUUCUUCCUUCCGUUUCGACGCUUUGUGUUUCUCUGGCGCAGAACUCGCUUUCCCAGAGUUCCAUUGCAAGUGACCGAGGCAUUCUGGGAUACGUAGUUUAGUGAUGCUUUUUAUAUCGUGUGUCUCCUCUCGACUGGACUAGUUUUCCCGGCAUGCAUCAGUUACGGCCGAACUAGAGCCUGAGCCUCUCGCGUCCCGCGGGCUGGGAGCUUGAGAGUCUGUGAGGAGGUGAGAGAAAGACGGAACUUGUACUGGGAAACAGGAGAGGAGACUGGGGCCGGCAGGACGUUACUUCCUGUUCUGUCUCUUCACUCCCGGAACCCCCCGAUUAAUGUGACAGUUGAGGUGGGUGCCAUGUUGAAGUGCAUGCCGCUGUGGAGGUGCAAUGGUCAGGUGGAGUCGGUGGAUAAGCGUCACUGCUCGCUGCUGUCUGUACCGGGUGAUAUAUAUCGCUACAGUCGCAGUCUGGAGGAGCUUCUAUUGGAUGCCAACCAACUGCGGGAGUUGCCCAAGCCUUUCUUUCGCCUUCUGAAUUUGAGAAAACUGGGCCUGAGUGACAAUGAGAUCCAGCGCUUGCCCCCCGAGGUGGCCAACUUCAUGCAACUGGUGGAGCUGGACAUUAGCCGCAACGACAUUCCUGACCUCCCAGAAAGCAUCAAGUUCUGCAGGUCCCUGGAGAUUGCUGAUUUUAGUGGGAACCCCCUGUCCAGGCUGCCCGAUGGCUUCACUCAGCUGCGGAGUCUCGCUCACCUUUCCCUCAAUGACGUCUCCUUACUGACCCUGCCCAGUGAUAUUGGAAACUUGUCCAACCUCAUCUCAUUGGAACUACGGGAAAACCUCCUGAAAUCUGUGCCCACGUCCCUCUCAUUCCUUGUUAAACUGGAGCAGUUGGAUCUGGGAAGCAACGACCUGCAGGUUCUGCCUGACACACUGGGUGCCUUACCAAAUCUGCGUGAGCUGUGGCUGGACAGGAACCAGCUCUCUACUUUGCCCUCGGAGCUGGGGAAUCUGCGGCGGUUGGUUUGCUUGGAUGUGUCUGAGAAUAAACUGGAACAUCUCCCGGCAGAGAUAAGUGGUCUGAUGUCCCUCACGGACCUGCUGCUCUCACAGAACCUGCUCAGCUCCCUUCCCUCCAGCCUUGGUCAGCUCAAGCAGCUGUCUAUCCUAAAGGUGGAUCAGAAUCGUCUGAAUCAGUUAACGGAGUCUAUUGGCGACUGUGAGAAUCUUAGUGAGAUUAUCCUGACUGAGAACCUGCUGACGGUGCUUCCUAAAUCCAUGGGGAAUCUCACCAAGCUGACAAAUCUCAAUGUUGAUCGGAACAGACUGAUCUCCCUUCCAUGUGAAAUUGGGGGCUGUGCCAGUCUCAGCGUCUUGUCCCUGAGAGAUAACCAGCUCAGUACUCUCCCCCCAGAACUCGCUGGUGCCACUGAGCUGCAUGUGCUGGAUGUGGUGGGUAACAGGUUGUUAAACCUCCCUUUUGCCUUGACCAACCUCAAUCUGAAAGCUCUGUGGCUGGCCGAGAACCAGUCGCAACCGAUGCUCAAAUUCCAAACAGAAGAUGAUGAAAAAAGUGGAUCUAAGGUGCUAACGUGCUACCUCCUGCCCCAGCAACCUUCUCCUAGUCUGGAAAACCUGCAGAACAGCGUGGAAGAGAGCUGGACAGAUGGCAACCGCAAUCGGGUCAGUGUCAUACAGUUCCUGGAAGAGCCUAACAUGGAGGAAGAGGAUGAUGAAGCUGCUGAAGAAAGAAGGGGACUGCAGCGCAGAGCCACCCCACACCCCAGUGAGCUGAAGGUUAUGAAGAAAGCCAUGGAGGGACUCAGGGGGGACAGUAACACCCCCAAAGAGGAGACUGGGUCUCCCAGAGAUGAGGACAAGCGGCUGAGUGGCCUCUCCAGGCAGAGUGCUGAGUCCCAGCGCAGCGGCAGCACAGUGUCUGUGGGAUUCCAGGAGGAGCAGCAGAACAGACAGACAGAAAAGCUGACAAAGCAAGUGCUGGAGGAGGAGGAAGUAAUGGGGAAUGACAUGGAGGUGUGGUAUACUGAGCCGACUGUGCAGUUUGCAGACAAGACCACUGUUCUCUGUGAUGAUGAUUAUGAGGAUUAUGAUGAAGAUCGGGCCUCCCCUGUGGAGAGACGGCUGAUUCGUAAGGACACUCCCCAUUAUAAGAAGCAUGCCAAGAUCACUAAGCUUCCCAAUGAUGAGGUGGUGGAGGCCCUAUUGCACGGCUUUAGUCCCAGAAGCCUCUCGGAGGAGGGGGAGGAAGGGGAGAACGGGCCCUUCCCCAGGUUCUCUUUGCCAAAUGAAGAGGAAGAUGAUGAGGUGGCACCAGACAAAGACUGGGAAGCUGCAGGGAGCAGAGACGACCGGUUUAACUCCCAGCAGAAUAUCAAGGGUGUGUCGUUUGAUCAAGUGAAUAAUCUUCUGAUUGAACCUGCUCGGAUAGAGGAGGAAGAGCUCACUCUCUCCAUCCUGCGCCAAACUGGGGGUCUGGGAAUCAGCAUCGCAGGGGGCAUAGGCUCUACCCCCUACAAGGGCAAUGAUGAGGGCAUUUUCAUAUCUCGAGUGGCAGAAGAGGGGCCUGCAGCUUGUGCCGGGGUGAGAGUUGGGGAUAAACUGCUGGAGGUGAAUGGAGUAGACUUACACAAUGCAGAACAUCACACAGCAGUGGAGGCGCUGAGGAGUUCGGGGAGCUCGGUGUCUAUGACUGUGCUGAGAGAGAGAAUGGUGGAGCCUGAGAAUCCAAUCACUAUGACACCCCUGCGCCCCGAGGAUGAUUACAACCCGCGGGAGAGGCUCAGCGUUGUCCCAUAUCUGGAGGAAAAUGAGGAGGAACCACAGAGGCCGUGCCAGCGAAUCACUAGCUGCCUGGCACGUAAUGACAAAGGCUUGGGCUUCAGUAUUGCUGGGGGAGUAGGAAGCACCCCAUAUCGGGCAGGAGAAACCGGUAUCUUCAUCUCCAGAAUAGUAGAAGGUGGAUCUGCUCACCGGGACGGGACUCUCAGAGUAGGAGACAGAGUCAUCUCUAUCAACGAGGUAAAUAUGACAGAAGCCAGACAAGAUCAGGCAGUAGCACUGCUUACCAGCACCUCCCCCACCAUCACUCUGCUGGUAGAGAGAGAGACCCCCCAGUCAGGAGCCCCCACAGACCCAGGAGCAUCGCCUUCCCUGCACAGGGCCCGGCCGCGGUCACCUCCACCACCCACAGAUGGAGACAAUGGAGAAGGGGAUGAUUGGGGCGCUCCCCUGAGUAAUCACUUCAGCCAAAAGAUGGACGAUGAGGUCCCUAUUGAGGAAAUUGUGUUAGUGAAAUCUGGGGGGCCUUUGGGGCUCAGUAUUGUGGGGGGCAGUGACCAUUCCAGCCAUCCUUUCGGGGUCCGUGAGCCUGGAGUUUUUAUAUCCAAGGUAAUCCCCCAUGGGCUGGCUGCCCGCAGUGGACUCAGAGUGGGGGAUAGAAUCCUGGAGGCAGCUGGAUUGGAUCUCAGACAUGUCACUCACCAAGAAGCUGUGAAUGCCCUUCUCUGUAACACCCAGGAGCUCCACCUGCUGGUGAGGAGGGACCCGCCACCCCCAGGCAUGCAGGAGAUUUGUGUAGUGAAGGCUCCUGGGGAGAAGCUGGGGAUCAGUAUCCGAGGGGGAGCCCGGGGCCACCCAGGGAAUCCAUUGGAUCCUUCAGACGAGGGUGUUUUUAUCUCCAAGGUCAGUUCCUCGGGGGCCGCCGCACGAGACGGACAACUGACAGUUGGGAUGCGCAUUUUGGAGGUGAAUCAGCAGAGCCUGUUGGGUAUGACCCACACUGAGGCCGUCCAGUCAUUGAGAGGCGUGGGAGAUACUCUGCUCAUACUCGUGUGUGAUGGAUUCAACCCUAUUGCUGAAACCUCUUCUCAGGCAUCACCGGGUAUAAUCGCCAAUCCCUUCGCUGCUGAUAUAGGAAGAAAGAACAGUAUGGAAAGUAUUUCUUCUAUUGAUCGAGAUAUGAGUCCAGAAGAGAUGGAGCGGAUACAGAAGGAGAUGGAGAUGGUGAGAGAGGCGACACAGUGGGAGAGAGAGGACAUGGAGAAAGUGGAGCGGAUGCGUAGGGAGCGAGAGGAGGCCACCAGACUCCUAGAGGAGGAGACCAAGAAUUAUAGCUUGGAGCCUCAGAAGCUGGACUAUAAGACCCCGGCAGCACUACCCGCUGGUGGGCAGGACAAAGGAGCCUGGCUCCCUCUGGGAAUGGAAUCUUCCAGCUCUUCCCCUGUGCCCGUGGCUCUGGUACACCCCGUUUCUGCAGUUGUAGCCAAUGAGCCGACCUUGCACCCCGUUUCCCCAGUGGAGUCUCCGCUCCCCACCAUUCAGCCUAGUCCUGUGGCUGAGCCCGGGGCCCCUGUCAGUAGCGCAGAGGCAGAUGAGGUGCUAGUGGACUGUCAGCCCCUCCGGUUCAGUGAGAACCCAUUCAUUGUGGCUAACAAGAAGCGGGCGGGGGCAAGUGGAGCUAGCCUGAGUGGGCCUCCUACUGGCUACGGCAGCGCUGGGGAGUUGAAGACAACGGUGUACUACAAGAAGACUCCCCCUGGAGACCCCUCAGUUGCCACAGCGAAAAAAGAAGCCGCCUGUUCCCCCAGCAAUCAGCAGGCCUCCAUUAACUUCCUGACGCAGGAGGAGAGCCGGCCGACACAGCCCGGGGUGAUCAAGUCUCUGCCUCUGGUGCAUGUGACCCAUGUCUCCCCACUAAACUCCUCCCGGCAGCAGCACAGGACCCCCCAAAGUCCAGCUCCACCCCUUAUCCCCGAAGAUGGCUUCUCCACCAAUGCCAAGCAGGCGUAUAAAACCUACGCAGCCCUCCCCUCUACACAUCCCAGCCUGGAGCAACAGGACCCCGGCACUCCUCCGACCCCUGACUGGACCAGCACCAACAUUGAUCAGUUCUCCCCUGGGGGCUUAGACAGUCCUGAGCAACGUUCCUUCCGAGACCGCCAGAAGUACUUUGAGAUGGAUGUCAAGCAGCAGGCUGAGAAACCCCCCAAACGUGUGUCUCUGGUGGGGGAAGAUGACCUGAGGAAGAUGAAGGAAGAGGAAGCCCGGAGGAUCCAGAUGAAGAGAGAGCAGCUCCUCCGAGAAGAGGAAGAGGGCAGUGCAGGAGACGCCAGCCCUCAUACAAGGGGCCCCACCACCCCAACAAGUGUCUUUAUUGAGGGAGUUGAGUACAAAAUGGAGAGGGUGGAUGGAGGCAGCCUCUCCUCUCUCACUGGGUUCUCUCCCUCGGAAUCUCAGAGGAAUUCACUGGAAGACUCUUUGCGGACUGAGCAGAGACCCAACUCUAUGUCGGGGUUGACCCCUGUGUAUCCGGGGGGAUUGGAGUCUGUCCCACCGGUGCGCACUGUGAAAGCAGAGAAGCGACUGCAGGAACGACUCAGGAUGCAGAGCCCCGAGCUCACGGAGCAGGAGAAGCAGUUGUCCCCGGUCGAGCGCAGAGCCCUGCAAGCUGAAAAGAGAGCAAUGUGGAGGGCUGCCAGCAAUAUGGAGGACAGUAUUAAGCAGUAUGAGCUGUCUCUUGCACGGAAGCUGUACCAGUCCCGGCAGAACAAGCCUCAGAUCCCUGAGGAGAGAGGAAGGAUGAAGUCUCUGGAGCAGGACGCACUGAAGGCUCAGAUGAUGAUUGCGCACUCCAAGGACAGCCGCAAAUGUAGCACCCUGGAUCAACUGGCCGAGUCCCCUUCCCCUGCACCCACUCCAUCACCCACCCCACUGGAAGAUUACAGCCCCCGGCUACUGACAUCUCCAGGGCGACUGUCUCAUUCAGACAAGAAGUUUGACUACAGACAAUUUGCCGCUAUUCCGUCUUCCAAACCGGUGUAUGAGAUCCAGUCCCCAGAGUUGACGCCAAACCUGAAAUGCCCAGAAGAUUCCAGAACAUCAGUUACCUGUAGCUUAGAGCAUGUCCAGCAGGAGGAGGAGGAGCAUGAAGGAGAGCCCGCCCCCAACACAUCAGCACUGGAGGAAAUGGCCACAUACAACAAGCGCAAGCUUCAGCACACGAGGCGGAGCCUGGAGACCGCCGCCCCCACAUAGUGUCAGCACUGUGACUCCUCCCACCAUGGACUGUAUGAUGGGACCCGCCAGCUCUGCAAUGAGCCCCACUAGUUACUGGCGGCUCCAAGAGACACACUGUGAGAAUGGGCCCCAUGUGCUGAUCAAUGGGGCCCGUGUGAUCUGAUUGGUGGAGGGAAUAGAUUAGCGCUCCUCUGCUACUUUCUUCCUCUGGGCGGCAGUUCCAUGUUUGCAGCAUGCAGAUCUCAACCAGGAUUGGCUGCCCGUGAGCUUAACCAGCCAUAGAGAAGCAGGGGCUUCUUCACUUGCCUUUGCCUCCCACUCACUAGCCCCUGGCUUAGGUUUAAUUGGAAUGCUGCCCCCCUGCUGCUGCUGCUUCUGAUAUA